AUGCUUGGCGAAUUUCUAAACUUUUUUAUGAAGCCAUUUGCCAGACAAAGUGAAGAAGAAGGAGGAGAACCUCCGAUUAAAAAGUUGCCAGCCGAAAUUCUUGGCGCCAUUUUUGCGAAGGUAAGUUUUCAAACCAUUUGUGCUAUUCCAAAUCAUAUUGUUUUUAAGCUUGAAUACGAAGAUGUUCAAAACCUCAAAAACUCGUCAAAGUUCCUACUAAACGCUCAUAAAUUAGAACGUUGGAUGAUCGAUGGUCCAAAAUGUGAUGCUAACGUGUAUUACAACAACAAAAAAGAACUUCGAUUAGAAAUAACAUUUUUGAGAGAUUUUUCAUUGACAAGAAUAAUUCCAUGGAAAUUUACAAUUCCAUCGACUAGAACAAUUUCAUUGAAUCAAUGGAAUUAUUUCUUCAAAAAUGCAAAAUGCGAUUGCCUUAGCAUAACUGUAGAAGAAGAAGAAAUCCCACUGGAAAUUUUGAAGAACAUUUUUUGUUGUAAAUCAAUUAACGUUUUAACCUAUUCUGGUAAAUAAAUCAAUCAGAUGACUAUUGACCUUAUUGCGUCAUAUAAACCUCUAGAUUUUAAAUUCACUGGAAAGGAUUGGAGUUCACAAAUGAUGGAUGGUACCAUACUCACAUUCUUUAAGAUUAAAUGUCUUACAAAUAUCGAUGAUGUUUUUGAAGCAAUGAAAUUCACUUAUAAUUUGAUAAUUAGUUUAAAACCAACAAUUUAUGAAAGAAACGAAGAUUCCAUAAUAGUGAGUUUUUUAUUUAAACUCCUUUAAAAAACCAAUUUCAUAUUACGAUUCAUAUAUUUUCAGAAACUCAAACAUCAUGAUAAACAGAAGCCCUUCUUCAAAGUAAAUUUUGCUAAGAAUACAAAUAAACAAAAAAUUCGAUCGAUCAAGCUUUUCUUGGAAAACAGUGUUUUAAAUGCUUACGGAAUUCAUGCGGAAUGCAGAUUUGUUCAUGGAAUCGAAUACGAUCAUUUGUUCUGUAUAUGCGAAGAGGAUCUUCUAAACUUCGAAUUAUCCAAUCAAAAUUGA